AUGAAUAACUCUAUAGGUAGGCAGUCCAAAAUGGAUAAACUAAAAAUAAAUAUCCGUGCAGUCUUACAGAGUGCUAAGAAUGGAGUGGAGGCUUCCAAUUUUGAAGACCACUACAGAAGUUUGACAAAAGAAAACAUACAAUAUGCACAGUAUGGCUAUAAGAGCCUCGACGAACUUAUGGCCAACAUUCCAGAUACUGUCUACUUAGCAAAUUAUCGUGGUACAAAGAUUUAUCGUGCAGUCUGUACCGAUUCCACAUAUCACCUACAGAAGCUCAUCAACAGACAGAAGUCCGUAUCAGCUCGAAAAUCAAAACCAGUUCCUAAUCGGCGGCGUCCUCUCUUUGCCAAUGAAAAUCUUCAGAACUCCACUUGCAGAUACAAUAGAUACGAAGAUAACCGAAAGCGAUACCCAAAUGUGCGAGUGACAGUCGACAGUUCAGGUCGUGGACAGCAGGUAAACUGCUGGGGUGAUGUGAAAAGAUCAGUUGAGAUGGGAGAUAUUAAUGCAAAUUGCAAUAAGCAUGAGACAAAAUCUGUGAUGAUGUCCGUAUCGAAGAGCAAUCGUGUGUUUGAGAAAGCAGUCAAAGAUAUAUCCAGUAAUGAGGUACCUUAUGGCUCAAUGAAUACAUUUCCUCUGGCCCCUCGAUUCCAGAAACAGAAGAACAAUACUCCAGCACCAGAUUUUAUGAAAGGAAGGCAUGAGCAUACACCAAGAUCAAAUAAAGUUUCCUCGUCAGUAUUGGAUGGCAAACAGUACACCGAAUGUCUUGUAGAGUUUGUGUCGAAGAAUUCCUUAUCUUUUGCAAUACAGUCAUUACCUGUUGAAAAUGGAUUCACCGCCUCUAUACAAAUCAAAAACGAGGUUUAUGAAAGUAGUGCCCGCUUCCCCAGUGAACAAGAAGCACAGUACUCUGCAGCAAAGAAUGCUUGUAUCAGCCUUGGUCUUGAUCCGUAUAAAAUGGAUGAUCCUGUAGGAAUUGAUGAACAUGAACUAAAGAAAAGGGUCCAGCAGAUCGUUGUUCAGAAUGGGCUGUGGUUGAAAAAUCUGGGAGAGACAUAUGAAAAACAGUUCGGAGAGACAGCUCCAGAUAACCUGCAAGACCUGGUGCGAUCUUGGGUCGACAUGUUUAAGAUAGAACAAGCUUGUGCUACACAGAUGGAAAUCGUGUAUCCAGUGAAACAGUCCUUGGUGUCAUUUACAGGCAAGGAAGUUGAAAUAAAAAAUGCUGAAUUGUUACCAGUCGGAUCUGUACUCAAUGUCUAUGUUAGCUUUAUCUACUCAGCUGCCCAAUUCUAUGUCCAUUUUGAGAGCAGUUGCAUUCAGGAGAUUGACACUGAACUGAACCUUCACUGUCAGAAACGUCAUGUGGAUAUAAAAGCUCUGCAGAUUGGUGGAUUUUGCGUUGCACAGUACUCCGACAACGAUGCCUGGUACAGAGCAUCUAUCUUAGACAUUGAUGAAGAAAAGGGAGAAGUAGAAGUAUACUAUGUGGAUUAUGGUAACACAGAGAGGGUUUCUAUUGACCGAAUCACCAAACUGCCCACCUCUGUUGCCCACUAUCCUGCUCAGGCUAUUCUCUGUGCAUUGUUUCAACUCAUACCACCACAGGAGGAAAGAGACUUUGAAGCUUCAAAGCAGGAAUUUGGAGCACUUGCUCAGGAUCAACUUCAAGCUAGAACAGUAUUAAUUGAUAACAAAGUUUGUCAUGUACUUCUAAUCAACCCUGAAUCAUCGUCAAAACUAUCCAUCAAUGAUAUUUUAGUGAACAGCAAAUUGGCCUACCUCAGUCAGACUCCUGAAGCUGACUCAGAGGAGAACGAACCAGCACCUUUAAUGUUGCCUGCUGAUAGAUUCUGGGAUGUCUACGUGUGCUUUUUGUCAUCUACAACGGACGUCAUCAUACGCAUUGUUGGUGAAAAUUACUCAGAUAAACUUGAAAAACUUGAGAAAGAAAUUGAAAAGUGGUUUCCUGAACUAUCUAAUGACCAGAUCCGAGAAGGGGACAUUUGUGCUGCUGAAGUGGAGGGCUUUUAUCACCGGGUGAAGGUUUUACAGAUGAAGGAGAGCAGAAGAACUGUGGAAUGCCUAUUCCUUGACCAUGGAGAUUCUGAUAGACUAGUACUCAAUCAGUUACGUCUGCUAGAUUCUAACUUGAAUUAUUUACCAUACCAGGCAAUUCCUUGUGUUCUUGCUGGUUUAGAGCAAUAUUCUUGUAAUAUUGGUGCCAUUGACAAGUUGAUGGAAAUGGCACUUGGCAAGACUUGUGUGGCAGAAGCUGUGACUAAGUAA